GUUAGGUUUUGAAGGAAGAUACAGUGACACUAAAAUACAGUCUUCCACCAACAGUGCAAAUUUUUCCGAAGAUGUUGGCCUUAUCCUGUGCUCCACCUGCUUAUCCUGCGCUCUCUCACACACCUUCAAGACCCAAAUGCACCGCAAUCCGUUCAAGCUUUAGUUAUGACCACCCUUUUGUCCCAGAGGUUGCAAAAGCUGCAGAUUCUCUGUGCUCUGAAUUUAGGGCCGUUGAUAAUCUGGUCGCUUGCAAUUCCUCCCGUGUUCUUAAAGCUUUUCAAAAUGCUAGGGUUGGAUCUCAUCACUUUGCUGGGUCUACUGGCUAUGGUCAUGAUGAAGCUGGUGGACGAGAAGCUCUAGACCAAGCAUUUGCGGAAAUUGUUGGGGCUGAGUCAGCAAUAGUGCGUUCUCAGUUCUUCUCAGGUACUCAUGCUAUUGCUUGUGCACUGUUUGCUUUUCUAAGGCCAGGGGAUGAGCUUUUGGCAGUGGCUGGUUCACCUUAUGACACCUUAGAGGAAGUUAUUGGAAAGAGGGAUUCUCAUGGAGUGGGUUCCCUGAAAGAUUUUGGAGUGUUGUAUCGGGAACUUCCUCUAACCGAAGAUGGUGGACUUGACUGGGAUGCACUCACCAGUUCUUUGAAACCUCAUACAAAAUGUGCUCUCAUACAGAGAUCAUGUGGUUACUCAUGGCGUCGGAGUUUAAGUGUAAAAGAGAUAGGGAGAGCAAUACAGAUAAUUAAGAAGCAGAACCCUAACUGUUUGGUCAUGGUAGAUAAUUGCUAUGGUGAAUUUGUGGAAAGCAUUGAGCCUCCGAUGGUGGGUGCAGAUUUGAUUGCCGGAAGUUUGAUAAAGAAUCCCGGUGGAACCAUCGCACCAUGUGGUGGAUAUGUUGCUGGUAGUAAAAAAUGGGUUGAUGCUGCAGCAGCUCGUUUAUCAGCACCAGGCCUAGGAGUUGACAGUGGUGCAACACCCGGUGAUAUUAUGCGUGCCUUUUUCCAGGGGUUGUUUCUUGCACCCCAAUUGGUUGGCGAGGCAAUUAAGGGAACCUUUCUGGUUGCUGAAGUUAUGGCUUCUGAAGGGUAUAAGGUGCAGCCUCUUCCUCGAGUCCCCCGGAAUGAUACAGUACAGGCAGUGCAGCUUGGAAGUCGGGAACUUCUCCUUGCUUUCUGCGAAGCUGUACAGAGAAGCUCCCCCGUAGGUUCAUUCACCAAGCCAGUUCCUGGUACAACUGCAGGAUAUGCAUCAGAGGUUAUAUUUGCUGAUGGAACCUUCAUCGAUGGGAGUACAAGUGAACUCUCAUGCGACGGACCUCUAAGAGAACCAUACGCUGUGUUUUGCCAGGGUGGUACCCACUGGACUCAAUGGGGACUAGUUCUGGGUGAUGUUCUGAAAUCUCUCUCAUAUGAAAAUCGAAGUUUGAGAACAUACGAGGCAAAUGUGUUUCAUUGUUAUUCAUCAAAGGGCAUGUAGUCUUCUAAGGCUGGCAUCGGAGUUGGGACAUUUGUUGCCAUUAUCAGCAGAGCUUAUUGCCAAAGUUUUACUUAAAUAUGGAAUUAAAGCUCGGUCGAUCCGGAUAUUUUGAGGUAAUAAGGCAUUCUUUUUCGUUCUUCGCCAUUUUACUGUCGUUUCUUAUUUAAACGAGCAUCUCAACUCGCUACUCAAGCUAUACGAAACAUUCCCGAACAAGAACACAAGUAAAUAAUGAUUUGGUGACACCCUUCUGAGAUAACUGUUUAUGGCUCAUUAUCAUUCGGAACUAUCUCCAAAUUUUGGAUGCAAAAAAAUCUGGACAUGAAUGCUGUACAAACUUUAAAUGUUCAUUUCGGAGUACAUGUAUGUUUAACUAUAAGACAAUGAAUGUAAGAUCGAAUUUUGAUAAAUGUU